UGCGGCCGUGUAAUGAAUGCGACCGAAAAAUGCCUUCCAGCUAUAAACAGCCAUGCUCACCUACACACAGGUGCCCCAAUGGAGGUACACGCGCACACAUAGACGUACAAGUUAACGCUUGGCGGUCGGAAUUCGCAUUCACUCGUCGUUUUAAUGUUUUAAUUUUUUGUGUCUUCUCUUUGCUUGCCAUUUACACUGCGGUGGCGCAAAUAUUUUUGUAUUUUGGCGUCGUAAGCUCGGCUCAAAUGUCACUUUGUUGCUUUCUAAUUUUCGUUAAACCCCUCUCCCACCUAUUUGUAUUUCGCCUAAUUUAUUUGUUUACAUUCACCCUGGUUUGUUGCCUCUUCGCAGCAUCCGCACAAUCACCCCCACAAGCUUAGGCUUUGCCUUCUCUAUCUAUCGUAAAAUCUUAUUAUCUCUUCUCUUUUAUUUCUUUAACAUCUCUGUUUUAUCCUCCCCUCUUUGGCCGGCUUUACCGCUAUGGCGUUGUCUCGCGAAAGUCACGUGCAGCCAGGACAUGCGCUCGCGCUUACCAACUGACGAGCCUACCAUAACCACCGUCUCAAGCCACUCGCCAACGGAUGCUUUGUUUUGCUAUCUUUCCGUUUCUGUUUUCAUACGCAUAUUCGCUGCCACCAACCACAUGGCCACCCACUGACAUGCCAUGUCUUACGGUCUCAGCUGUUGCCACAACCAUCUUUCGGGAAUGCAAAACAACAACAAUAAAGAGCAUAUUUGUUGUCUAUGUUGUCCUUCGUCGCUUGCCGCUCGGCCCGCGGCACUUGCAACUCGUCGUCAAUCGCCACCGGCACAGCACACCAACUCAAUCAGUUUAUAAACAAACGCACACCAUCGCAAAUUUUACACUUUUUCUUGCAAUUUUGUGUGUGUUUUUCGCCUGUUCGUCGCGCAAUUGUUGCUUUGAAUGCAAUUGGCAUAUACUGUUGUCUCGCUCCCACACUCGUCGCCUGUCUCGCUCACUCUCUCGUGUGUUGUUACACCCUGUGGUGCAUCAUUCCUACGCCACUUGCCUUUGGAUCUUCGGCAACACUACGCUCGUCUUGGCGUUCGUGUUUGGCCUCAGAGCUUAACAGGCGUUGCAUCCUGUCGCCGUGUGGCAUAACGUGCGCGUCUCUGAUGGUGUCCGGUUCGCUCGUACGCUCGCCAUUUCAUACACGCAUCUCUCAUACAUAUACAAAACUCGUUUUCGCUUAUUCGCUUUCGGUUGCAAUCAAGUGUUUAACGCUCGCUGAAUGUUGGCUGUUUGAUUUUUAUUUGAAUGUGCAACGUCUAAUUUAUUUCGCAGAAAGAGAAACGCUUGAAUUUCUAACGGUGCUUUAUUUUCAUUAAAAAUCAAUUGCGGGAAGUGUGAAUUUUUUAAUUGUUGAGUUGUGCGUAUGGUGUAACGGUAAAAAAUAUAUUGCUGUGUUAAUUUAAAGCCAGUUUUAAGCAAAAAUAAAAACGUUUUGCAGUGAUUUUCGUACAUAAAACGCUUCUGAGCUACUGCAGACUGAGAAACGCGCGGCGCGGCAGAGGGACUAUAAACGGCGCGACGCAGCAUUCCCAACUGACAGUGAAGAGAAUGUGAAUAAAAACAAAGCAAAAGGGAUAAAUAAAUUGAUAAAUAUUGCAACACAAGCGAAAUCAAAUAAAGAGCGAACACACGUGCCACUGCACAUACACACACAAACACGCGCACGCAACGUUUAACCCACCAACGAGAGCAGACUAAGCGAAGAAUAGCGAGCAUUAACGGAAUUGAGUGGCAGUCGCAUAUAUGAGCCACUGGGACUGAACGCCGACAAUGACAAUACCCGAAACAGCGGAAGCGGAUAUCGGAGCACAGCAAACCAGCACGUGAAUGUGAAUGGGUAUAACUGACAGCAGUGACGAGCGCCAGAUUACAACCUUUACACCUACCCCUUUGAACAUCACACAACGCGUCAGCAGAGAUGGCCGGGCGUACGCACGCGGCCUCAUAUGAUAGUCACAGUGCAAGCGGUAAAUUAUUGAGCGCUUUAAUCAACGACAACAACAACCGCAUUGACGAGGCGGACAACAACAAUAGCACACGCAUAUCGAGCAAUUUGAGCGCCACCAUCUCGACGAUAGGCUCCAAUGUGACGCGCGUUUUGUACACAUACUUUCAAAACAUCACCGACGCGCAAGGCCAUGCGACCGCCACAACGACGACUAUCACCACCGCGCCAGCUGCGAGUGGCAGCGCCAUUGACAGCGCAACAACGGAACGUCUACACAGCCUCGUCGGCAGUGCCACGGAACCACAAAUUGGCAGCAACGAUUUGCCAGCGACGGCGCAAAGUAUAGGCGCCACCCUGCUCAGCACCGCCAAAACGCUGUUGCAAGUGCCAACGAAUGCCACUGCAGCGUUGACCAAUGCAACCGCGUCCAUUUCAGCCUCCGCCGCAACCUACGCCACCGAAUUGCUGAACGCGACAAUGUCGCGAACGCUGAAGACGACCGCGAGUGACGCGAGCGCGGCGCCCAGCAGCAUCGUUUUGACCACUUCGCCCGACGUCACCUACCUGCCGCAUCAGGUCGCCAUACGCAGCUUCGAGGACUGCGCGGCGCUCUUCGCCAACUAUACGCAGCCGCAAAACGGUGUUUUCUGCAAUUGGACGUGGGAUCUGUUCCUUUGCUGGCCACCGACGCCGGCUGGCGUUUUGGCGCGCAUGCAUUGUCCGCCCGUCGGGCAUGGCAUUGACACAACAAAAUUCGCCAACCGCAAAUGCGAGCUGGAUGGAAGUUGGGGCCGCCGUCCGAAUGACACGCAGAACAACACGAACGGCUGGACGGACUACCAGCCCUGCUUCAAGCCGGAAGUGAAUGAUAUGCUGCAGCGUGUGGACGAUAUUGAUAUCUUCUUGGACAUCGCGCGACGCACGCGCACGCUGGAGAUUGUCGGACUCAUACUGUCGCUGGUCGCGCUGAUACUCUCGCUCAUUAUAUUCUGCAAUUUCUCUUCGCUACGUAAUAAUCGCACGAAAAUUCACAAGAAUCUCUUCAUCGCAAUGGUCUGCCAAGUGAUCAUACGACUGACACUGUAUCUCGAUCAGGCGUUUCGACGUGGCAGCCAACCGGCGACGUCGAACACGAGUACAGCGGGAAUUGAAAACACGCCCUACCUCUGCGAGGCUUCCUAUGUGCUCCUAGAGUACGCUCGCACCGCCAUGUUCAUGUGGAUGUUCAUCGAGGGUCUGUACCUGCACAAUAUGGUAACGGUGGCAGUGUUUCAGGGUCGCUUUCCGCAUAAGAUCUUCUCGCUACUGGGCUGGGGGCUGCCCGUACUAAUGACCACGGUCUGGGCCAUAUGCACAGCGAUGUUUACGGACAGCGCGCAUGACUGCCUUUGGAACUACAAUUUGACGCCCUACUAUUGGAUACUGGAAGGACCGCGUUUCAUUGUCAUAUCGCUCAACUUCUUCUUCCUAAUGAACAUCAUACGCGUGCUGGUCAUGAAAUUGCGCCAAAGUCAAGCCAGUGAUAUCGAACAGACGCGCAAGGCGGUACGCGCCGCCAUUGUCCUCCUACCACUGUUGGGCAUCACAAAUCUACUGUACCAAGUACCUGCAUUGAACCUGAAGCCACCAUGGAAAUUCGCCAUGUGGUCCUACGUGACGCAUUUCCUAACCUCAUUUCAGGGAUUUUUCAUUGCCUUGAUAUAUUGUUUCCUAAAUGGUGAGGUGCGCACCGUUCUACUGAAAAGCCUCGCCGUCUACAUGUCCGUACGCGGUCACCCCGAGUGGGCGCCCAAACGUGCCUCAAUGUUCUCCGGCGCCUACAAUACCGCACCCGACACCGAGGGCCAAGGCGGUGGCACACCGCAGGAUGGCAAAAGAAACGACCAAUCGCCCACCACGCGCCGUCUCAACGGACGCAGAUACAGCGCCGCCAACACCGUGCACAUACCGGCGCGACGUCUGUCCAGCAGCGGUACAUUCCGCCAGCAGCGACGUGUGAGCAAUCACAAUAACAACAACAACAUUGGUGUACACAACACCACACGCGCACAGAGCAACAACGGCAGCGGAGGUAGCAGCAGCAGCACAGGCGGCAGCUGGCUUUUGACGCUGUGCUUUGGCGGCCAAAAGAACAAAUGUGUGAUGUCUAGCAAAAAAUUGCCUACACAAAUAUUUAUGACGACGACCAAACGAAAGGCGCCAACAAUUUACGCCACUGAAGUGGGGCAUCAGUGAGCCGGAAACGGAGCGUCUGGCGCUGGAGGCACGCUAGAAAAUGGGUGCAUGCAUGUGUUUUUAGCCUGAUUAAAACUAGUUUAUGAUUAUAUGUGUAUUAAGAAAACAAUUUAAGCGAGGAAUUGAGCAAACGAUGCGCAGAGCUUAUGAAAUGUUGCUGAUUGAAUAAGAAGCGCGGAGUGUGCUGUAAAGUGUAGGUAUGGUUCCAGUGUAGGAUUUCGAAAAAUUCCGGAAAAUGAAUAUUUUUAAACGCUUCCAAUUUGCGGCCAGCGACUGCACUGUUACAGUACACACACACUCACAUUUUAUACUUAUUUUUGUACAUAAGCCGUUAGCUUUUACUGUAAACAUUGUUACUAAAAUGUAAAAAAAAAAAAAUAUUUUUUUCGGUUCGAAAACACAACUGAAAGCUCCUACUAUAUAGUAUUAAUAUAAGAAAUAAGUGUUUCAUCAAACUAAACACAGCUCUGAAGGCACCAAUGCAGUUAAAUGUUAUGAUUUUUCUCACUUAAAAGCUUUCUGCUAUAAAAAGCAUGAGGUAAAGCGCCUAAAAGUAGGCAGCGCUGAAUUUAUAUUAAGUAAAUUAUAUAAUAUAGCCUACCUUUAGGCGAUUUUUUUUUUUUUCAUUUUUCGCAAAGCAGCUACUAAUUUGUAUCACUUGAUAAAAACGGCAAAAAAGCAUACUAAACUACACUCAGCUCGAAAUCAAAAUUUAAAUGUAAAAGCAGAAAAAUACUAAAAAACGCCAAAAAUUAUUAGAUGAAUGACUAAUAUAUAGAUAUAUAUCUAAUGAGUAG